GCUGUUUAUAGCAAAGCUCUCCCAAGGAGAAGAAGAAGACGACCAAUGACAGCAGUGUUUAACACAGACGAAGAAGAAGCUACAAAGGAGCCGUGGAGACGUAUAACAGGCCAACCGGAGUAUCCGAGAGUUGAGCUGCACUUUGGAUCAGCUGUGGUGACGGUGGUGAUGAUGAUGAUGGUGGAGGAAGACAGCAUGGCUGCAAUAAGCCAAAAGACUCAGAGUGAAGCAGUUAAUCAGCUGAAGAGUCUCCUGCUGAAGCAGGGCAAAGAAAUCCCUCCACCUCCUCUAUCUUCAGGGAAAAAGUCUCCAGCAAAGAGAUUACAGCAGGAGUCCGGUUCGCCUGUUUCUCAGGAUUUAGUCUCCACAGUCCAAAACCAAACAGAAUACAUCCAACAUCUGGAAGCUGAGAUCCAGUUCUGCAAGGAGGAGCUGCAGGAAAUGAAACAGCGGGUCAGAGUGGUGGUGGUGGAAAACGAGAAGCUGCAGUCUGAACUCAAGUCCAAAAGUCUGGAGAAAUCUGUCAAACCAACAGCAAGUCAAAACUACACAGUGGCCGACCACAGAUCUGCAGAGCAGAGUGAGCUGCAGAGGCUGGAGAACACGUGGAGGAAUGAGAUGGUGGCCGACCACAGAUCUAUGGCAGAGCAGAGUGAGCUGCAGAGGCUGGAGAACACGUGGAGGAAUGAGAUGAAACAGAUGAAAACGAUCUACAAGACCCAGAUUGAGAGCUUGGAAUUCCAGGUUCUUUCUCUCAGGAAAGAUCUGUCAGUGAGUCAGAAGGAGUGUGAGGAGGUGAAGGUUCGUCUAAGACACAAGGAAAAGCAGGCUGCGGAGGCCGAUGGCGCUCCUCGCGUGACAGGACUGUGUCUGAACUGUGCGCAUCAUGAGGCGGUGCUGCCUGAGACCCACACGAGUCGGCACGUCCAGGCCGUCGACGGGCUCACAAAGGAGCGCGAUGACCUGCUGGCCGCUGUGCGUGCUCUGCGAUCGAGUCAGCAAGAGGCGCAGCAGAGAGAGUGGACAGCCUGCCUGCAGGUCAAACAGGCCAUUGAGAUGGCGGAAGAAGCUAAUCUGCAGAAAAUUCAGGUGGAGGUGCAGUGUGAGCAGCUUUCCAGGGAACUCGGUCGGCUCCGGGAGCAGCUGACCAGAGAUGCCCACGCGUUACCGCAGAGGCUGGCUGCAGCCAGAGAGGAAGGCCGAGCUCAGGCCCGCAAGCAAAAAGAGGAUUUGACACAAACAAUGUCCAGCCUCUCUCAACGUGUCACAGAGCUGGAGGGACAUCUAGAGCGAGCUCACAGAGACAGGACGUCACUGACUGCACAGCUGGAGGAGGUUCACAGCAAACUCACCAGCCAGGAACAAGACAAUAUAAAAGUUUCGGUGGAUCUUCAUCACCAACUCAGUCAGGUAAUCCUGAAGAAAGAGGAGGCAGAGCGAGAACUCAGACAACUCAACGCCAAAACCAGCCAACAGAUGGAAAAAGCUGCUCUGGAAGUGGAAAGGCUGAACUCCGAGCUGGUUGGCUGUCGCCAGCAUCUGGAGAUGGUCCAAAAGGACGGGAGCCAAUGGCAGGCCGAAGCCCUGAGCCUAGCAGAACAGCUGGCAAAUGCCCAGCGCCAACUGCACCUCACCAGCUUUUGUCACCCUCCUCUUCAUCGCCGCUCCAUUGAUGACUGCUGGAACUUUCUGGCGGUCUGUCUGAUGCUAAUUGGUGGGUAAACAGGUCUGGUGUGAGCGCCCCCUCCGCCGCCCCCCUUUCCCGUCCUGGUUGCGCUCAAACGCACACACACAGACAUGCACAAAUACACGGCCCCCUGGAACCUCUUGCAGGACCAAAUGGCUGGCAAUGCCUGCCCGCCAUCUCCCGCUGAGCCCUGGUGUGCGCUUUGGUGGCUCAGGCUGCUGUUCAAGCCCAGCGGGGGCUCGUACGCUCACUCACACACUCGUACGAGUACAGACACACACAGGCUCCUUGUGUCCCCUGCACACCCGCCACCCGCUUUCACACCCCAGACAGCAGGACAGCAGGAGAACACACACACACGAAGGAACAGACAGACGCGGUCACUUUAGAGAUGCAGGCCAAGCGCUGUAGGGGAGAAAAGUUUUCACUUAAACUGGAGAAUUCUCUCUUCAUUAGCGCCUUUGGACUUCAGGAAGAGUUCUGUUUAUUUGUUCGUAUUUCUUUUUUUUUUGUCAAGUCUUUGUAGUUUUUUCUUUUUCCUCUCUCCUCCUUCCUCUGUUGUCUCGUUCACAUUCGGUGAAAGUUUAAUUCAGGAAGGAACAAGAUGUAUUAUCGUUCACGGAUGAUGACACCUGAGCUCGGAUUUUACCUGAAGAAUACAUUUCUUUUUAAAAUAUGAAACCACUCCAGAUGGAUGAGAAAAUAAAAAAUCUUAAAAACAAGUAAACAUGCAGCGUUUAUUAUGAAUCUUUUACUUAUUUACAGUUUACAGCACAUUUAUGAGAUGAGACAUCCUUUUUCUAUCAUGGAUUGACAUUAGCCUCACUGUUCCACCU